AUGGCUAUGGGGUCUGAGGACCUGGAGUCCAAAGCCGGGAACUAUGGUUCAGUAGACGAGACGAGCGCGCCGCAACGGGACACUGCUGAAAAGACCCCCGUGUCCAUCUUGCUGCAAGCAGUCGUCUACGCUCUGGCCAUUCUCCUGCUGGGCCUCAUCUUCGUGAUUCCCUCCCCGCUGAUUGAUCCCAAAGGAGAGGGACACCACGCAGCGUACAUUAAGCAGGGCCGGCAGAUGGUGAUGAGAAAUAUCAUUUAUGGAACGUUGUCAGCCGGCUGCUUAGCGUAUGUGAUGCACCUUCUGCGGCAGCCCCUGAUACUGGGCUACUUGCUGGGUGGUGUGCUUGUUGGCCCUGUUGGAUUGCGAUUGGUGAUUGACGAGCAAGAAAUUGCGACCAUGAGUGAGCUCGGCUUGAUCUUUCUGCUCUUCAUGAUCGGCUUGGAGCUGAACGUGAAGGAACUCGCGCGUCUCGGAAGCAAGAUCUUCUUCUCGGGCCUGAUGCAGUUCCCGAUCUGCGUGGUCCUGCAUUUGCUGGCAUUUAGUGCGCUGGCACAUCUCGGCUUUCCCAUCAGUCAGUCUCGCCUUCAGAUGCUCUACUUCGCCGUCUGCUGCGGUAUGUCCUCCACCAUGAUCGUCGUAAAGAAGCUCCAAGAUGCAAAUGAGACCAAGAUGGAAGCUGGACAGAUUUCCAUCGGAAUCCUCAUCUUCCAAGACAUGUGGGCAAUCGUGGUCCUAGCACUGCAGCCGAAUAUCAAUCAACCCCGACUUAUGGGCAUUGCCCGAACCUUCGCAGUCAUGCUUGCGCUGGUCUGCGUGACCUUUCUCUAUGCCAAGUACGUGCUGCAUCCACUCAUGAGAGGCGUGGCAGGAUCGUCUGAGAUGAAUAUGAUCCUCUUUGUGUGCUGGUGCUUCUUCGUCUGCGCUGCCGCCAUGCUGCCCUUCGUCAAUGUCUCCAUCGAGCUGGCAGCCCUGGUAGCAGGGGCUUCCCUGGCAACUUUCCCUGGCACGGAGACAAUCAACAAGAGGAUCCGUUACAUCCGCGACUUCUUUGUGACCUUGUACUUCGUUUCCCUGGGCAUGGAGAUCCCGUACCCCACGAAGCAUGUCUUCUGCUGUGCCUGCGCCAUCUCUCUGGUGGUCAUGUCGGCGCGCUGGGUCGGUGUCUUUUGCACCAUCUACGGCUGUGGAGGAGAUCCCAGGUCUGCCACCCGCUCGACCAUCAACCUCUCGCAGAUCAGCGAGUUUGCCUUGGUCAUUACUGCCAUUGGGUGCAAGCAGGAGCACGUGCCCAAGGAGACCCUGACGAUCCUGUCCUGGACUUUCGUCCUCCUGGCGGUCCUCUCCUCACCGCUGAUGGACCAUGGUUCCUCCAUGGGCGAGCUCAUCUAUGCAAAGGCCUUCCGCUUGGAUCAGCGGCUGCUCAGCGAUCAGGAAGGCCGCAAGCCGGAGGAGAGCAUCUGA